UCUUGUGUAAUUAUUCUCCAGAUGGACCCCUGUGCACAGGAAGUUAGUCACCAUGCAGCAUCACUGUUGACAUGUCUGAACCAUCAGAGAGAACAAGCGCUGUUCUGUGACUGUGUACUUAAACAUAAACAGAGCUCAGGUCAGCUCUAUCCUGCACACAGGUGUGUUCUGGCAGCCUCAAGUCCAGUGUUUGCAUCAGUCCUGUCCUCUACUGGUGCCCUGGUGGAACUGCAGGAUCCAUGUUUGUCUGACUCUGUAUUAGCCCUUCUUCUGGACUAUGUUUACACUGGGACUUUGCCUUACACUCAAAACCAGCAGCAAUAUUACAGAUUGCUUACUGCUGCCUGUCAUCUGCAGAUGAAUGAACUGCAGGAGGCUCUGAGGGUAGCUUGGCAACAGACUGAGAUGAAUGCUACAGAUGAUGUCAGUGCUUCGACUGGAGCUGAAAUUCAUUCUUACAGCAGCAUUAAUGAUAGUUAUAGGAGUUUUUUAAAGACCUUUAGAGAUCCCCCAUCAUCACCCAGUACAGAUGCUUUUAAAAGAUUCGAAGAACCAAGUAAACUGUGCUCAGUCAGAGCAACAAUACUCGAUGAAGCUCAAAUGAAUUCUGUUAGUCUGGAUUCCCGUGUUAAAGCUGGAGAAACAUGCACAAGUAAAAACAUAGUGAACCACUGUAGCAGAACAGAUGCAAGCAUACUUGAAAGCAAUGAUAGUAUGAAUUUAAGUGAAUACAGACAAGCCGCUUAUACAACAGUACAAAAUUUGAUGCAAGAUACGUCUGACACUGCUGAGGAGCAUGAUGCAUCUGAAGUGAACAAAGUAGUGCAUGAGGAUCAGUUUCAGUCUGAUGGCUUUGAAAAGCUGGAAAUCUGGCAGAAGCAUGCAGAGGAUGAGCUAUUAGUAACAUCUGAGAACAAGAAGUGUUGUGGGGCAGUGCCAGUCAUCUGUCACAGCAGCAGAGUUGCUGUCCACCAGCUGGCAGAAGAGUGUGCAGUGUUUCCUUACCACCCAGCAUUCCAGUCUUCAGUCAGCUCCAGCAGAUCACCCAUCUCACGCUCAGUCAGCACAGGCAAUGAGAACACUGUGGACUGUAUGACCACUAAUCAAAAGGAUCGAUUUGGAGCACAGAAUCUGGACCUCAGAUACAAUGAAAAACCAUAA